CGCUCGCGCUUCCUCUCUCAGCGCCCGCUCUGCAGGGUGUUGGAAUCACCGAGGGAGAGGGGGACAGAGCCAGCGCUCAGCGCCUGCCACCAGUGGGGGACGCAUUUCGGCGAAACGGAACACCAGAGUGGUUCCCUAGGGCCAGUCCAUCGAGGCUGAAGUCCAGAAACCUGGAGAGACCUUCAGCUGUAAUCUGAAAAAUCCAAAAUGGCCACCCUGCCCCCACUGCCCAUGACACGGCCAAAGCUCACAGCCUUAGCCAGACAGAAGCUGCCAUGCUCCCCCAGAACAAUUCCAAGGUCUCAAUUGAUCAAAGAAAAAGACGACAUAGAUCAUUAUCUGGAGGUGAAUUUCAAAGGAUUGUCAAAAGAGGAAGUUGCUGCUUACCGGAACUCGUACAAGAAGAACAUCUGCGUAGACAUGCUGCGAGAUGGUUAUCACAAGUCCUUCACCGAGCUCUUCGCUCUGAUGGAGAAGUGGGAUGCUCAGAGGGAGGCUGCGAGACUAAGUUCCCUCCUCUGGGUGCAGAGGCCCCUGGAAGAGCAGCCUGACAAGCUGGAUCACUUCUACCACUACCUGACCAGGGCCGAGGCAGCCGAAAGGAAAGAAUACUUUGAAGAGGUCUAUAAUAACUUGUAUGCUCUGGCCUGUUACUUCAAUAAUUCUGAAGACAAGUGGGUAAGGAACCACUUCUACGAACGAUGUUUUAAGAUUGCUCAACUCAUCAAAGUUGAUGGUGGGAAGAAGGAAGCAGAGGCGCAUGCACACAUGGGGCUUCUCUUUGAGGAAGAAGGUCAGCUUCUGGAAGCUGCGGAACAUUAUGAAGCCUUCCAUCAGCUGACGCAAGGGCGGAUAUGGACGGACGAGACAGGCCGCUUUCUCAACUUGCUGGCCUGCGAGAGUCUCCUGAGGACUUACAGAUUACUCUCAGACAAAAUGCUGGAAAAUAAAGAAUACAAACAGGCCAUCAGAAUUCUAAUAAAAGCUUCUGAAAUAGCCAAAGCAGGAAAUGACAAAAAAAUGGAAGGAGAAGCUUCCUAUUACCUGGGCUUAGCACACUUGGCUGCUGGGGAGUAUGAAACAGCAUUAGCAGUCCUUAACACUUACGGUAAAAUCUCUGCAGACCUGGAUGAUGAUCUGAGCCUGGGGAGAGCCUAUGAAGCCACGGCCAAGGUCCUGCAGAGCCAAGGACAGAUGACAGAAGCAAUUCAAUACCUGAAAAAAGUUGUGAACAUUGCAAGAAACAAUUUUCAAAGCCUAGAUUUUGUGAGAGCAAGUACAAUGCUUGGCGACAUCUUCAAUGAAAAAGGCUCCUACCACAAAGCUUCUGAAUACUUUCAGCAAGCUUUUGACACAACAGCAGAGCUAACAAACGUACCUCUGAUGGAUGAAACAAAAGUUCAUUAUGGAAUAGCGAAAGCUCAUCAGAUGAUGCUGACGGUUAAUACUUAUAUAGAAUCUGCAGAUCUCACCAGUCUGGACUACCUGCUGUCAUGGAAGGAGAGUAGAAGUGACAUUGCACCUGAUCCAGUUGUUGACCCACCAAUCAAGCUAUUGAGGAAUCUGAGUCCUGAUAUGGAAAAUCCAACAGACUUUUACUCUUCCUGAGACAAGCAUUUAAAUGCAUUUCCAUGUAUUCUGUUAAUGUCUUCGUGUUGGUUUUGAAACCCCGCGCUCCCUCCUAGAUGAUCCUCUUAAAUUGCUUUACCAAAUUGUACGUAAAACUCUCAUUUUUUUGUCUGAAGAGCAGGCACUAGCACAGAGAAUCAGGCUGUGAUUAUGGAUAGAGUCCUCCACUGAAGCCCUCUUCCCAGCCAUGUCCUCCUGAAUCCACCUCAUUUGAACGCUGCUACCAGUGGUACCCAGGACCUAGGCCACAGUUGUGUGUUUUUCCCUCAGAAGAUACUCAGUGAAUACCUGCUGAAUGAAUGACAGCUGAAUAGGGUUUACCAGUAAACAGAGAAUGUUCAGCAUAAACUAUACCCACUAUUGGAAAAGCAGUUUAGCUGGUAUCAUUUAGAAAGAAAAGUCGCAUGACUCUCUAUCUCAUUCAUGAUUAUACAAGUGGAAUUUAAAAUCUGUUUAGGGAGUUCCCAUCAUGGCUCAGCAGUAACAACCUAACUAGUAACCAUGAAGAGGCGGGUUCAAUCCCUGGCCUCACUCAGUAAAUUAAGGAUGCAGCAUUGCUGUGGCUGUGGUGUAGGCCGGCAGCUGCAGCUCUGAUUCAACCCCUAGCCUGGAAACUUCCAUAU